AUGUACACUCAGGUGCAAGCAUCGCUGCGCUCGAACCGUCGCUCGCUCCAAGGCGACCCGAUGCGAGCUAGCCAGCCGGCCUCGGCUCCAGCCCCGGUACCGCCACGGCCACAGCCACAGGUGCAAUAUCAGCAACAGGCACCGACACCGAAACCACGACCACCACCGCAGCCGCAGCAGCCACCAAUGCAACCACUACAGCAGACUAUGGUUCAGCAACCGCCAGCACCACAGACGCAUGCACAAGCACCAACACCGCCACCGCCGCCGCAACAGCAACAAGCACCAGCGGCUCCUGAACCUGUGAAGCCGCAAUACGGGCUCGGGGCCCAAGCAAUCAUGAAAAAGUCACCUGAUUUCUCAAUGACAGACACUGUAGUUGUUCCAAAAGAGACUGACAUUACGCCUCUGGGGCACAUACCCCUUGACCAACUGGAAACCCGGACUGUUCGCAUCUAUAUGCCAAGCAAAUCGGCCACGCAAUCUGGUACUUUUGGUUGUAACAAGUGGCGUAUUGAGGUGGACAAUCUGGGACGCUGGGAGAACCCUCUGAUGGGCUGGGCUAGCACUGGCGAUCCUCUUUCCAACUUUUCUAUGGAUUUUCAUGACGUUGAAUCUGCUAUAGCCUACUGCAAAAGUCAGUGCUGGAAUUACUUUAUUGAGAAUCCAAAGAAGACCACCGUGAAACCGAAGAGCUAUGCAGCCAAUUUCUCAUGGGACAAACAAGUACUAAUUAUGUUGAAUUCGGUGACAAUGACGAGGAGCCGUCGUCCCAACGCCGGUUCUCGAAUGGCUCGACUGUUAAAUGAGGAGGAGGAAGAUGAUUUCUACACAAAUGCCUAUGGUGGUUUUGCGGAGGAGGAAAAUGAUAACGACUACGAAUCAGAGAGCUCGGGCCACGACUCCAUUGACACGGACUUUGCUGACAGUGAAGAAGAGGAUGAUGAGGACGAGGGCAGUGGCGGUGAGGCUAUGGAUGAUGAGAAGAGAAAGCGACGCACACGGAGAGUCGUUACGAAAAGUUAUAAAGAGCCCAAGACCAAGAAGGAGGUGAACGAGAAAAUUACGCCCGAGUCAAAAUCACGGAUCAAAACGGCUGUACCAGCCGAAGAAACUUUGACUGAGACCAUAGCAGAAAGCCGUAAGCUGCGGGCGAGCACAGUGCGAGCUACGGAGACGGCGGCACAGCGACGGGAGGCAUCGAGUGUGAACGCGGAAGUGACAGCAGUGAAGCGAAAGGCUUUGAUGGCGGAGAUUGCACAGCGUAAGAACCUCCCGGAGGUGCGCCGUCUCACCCAAGAGGAGCUCCUUGCGGAGGCCAAAAUCACUGAGGAGAUCAACAAACGUUCCCUUGCCCGUUAUCAGCGUAUGGAGGUGGAGCGAAAGAAGAUCCGUGUCCAAAAGACUGUCUCUCAGCAGCCUAUGAUCCGUACUCACAGCUUCACUGUUCCCUGUCUGGCCGACCAGCCGGAAGUCUAUGAUGUCUCUGUUAAUCCAGACAAGGAGGUGGAGAUGCGUCGGAUGCUGGUGGAGCGCAACGCGCGCUGCGCCCGCACUCUCGUCUCCUUUGCUGAUGAAGCCUCAUUCGCAGCCGCCUUUCCCUCCUACGCUGCCACCACAACAUCGGGCAAGCGGACAGAUUCCACUUCAUCUCCGUCGCGAAAGAGACAGAUGCACCACUGUCCUCUGACGGGCCGAGUAGCGCGCUACCUCGACCCCCUCACCCGUACACCCUACGCCGAUCUGGCAGCUUUUCGCGCCCUCCGCCACCUCUACCGCCUUCAUCUGGAGACGGGUGCAUCCGCAGUCGACCUGCUUCGACGGUUUCGCAGUGAUGUUUUUCCUAAGUUGAGAGGGAAAACUAGUAGAAGAAGAAUAAGUACCACUUUUAAUCCACGCAUCCGAGUAGUCGUGGAUGAAACAUUUUGCUCACAUGGAACCUCUAAUUUGCAGAGCAGGAUGCUGGCUAGUGAGUUGCAUGAGCUCAUCCAGUCCGGUCUACACAUUGAGUACCCGUCGGUCUUUGUCGACUGCGCCCUCCAUCACCUUCGUUCCAACUGCACCCCCGCAUUUGGAGAAAUCAAGACCGACUAUCAGACCGCAGCCAGCAUGGAUCCUUUCGAACAUGCAGUUUGCAUGCUCUCUGACCAUUUGCCCGCUUUCAUCCGUCUCUUUCAGUGGUUCCAUCUCGUUCAAGUAAACACUCAGUCUCUCUACAAUCUCAUCGCCCACCACCUUCCCCCCUCCCCUCACCUUUCACACUUCAAAGUCGCCGUGGUGGGUGGCGUCUUCACUCCUGACGUCUAUCGCACCCUCAAACCCUACCUCUAUGCAUACCUUCUUCUGGAACUCAACGCGGCAGAGCAGGUGGCCUCACAGUACAAUUGUUUUGAGGACUCAUCGGUUACUGCUCGUCUCCUAGCUCGACUCUCUACUGCUGCAAUAGAUCUAGAGGAGCAGUGUCGUGGUGUCUUCGCUACAGAGGAGUUUUCGCUCCGCUUCCUUCUAGAGGAUCUCGUCGGUCCAUUCGCUGAAUCGGCUUUUCUGCACAAAACGAGAGAGCUGGUGGAGGGACGUUACGCCACGUCCUUUUUAGAGCCGCUUGAUAACUACGUGGAGCAUGUGAUGUUCGAAACCUGGUUGCCGCGUGUUUUUUCCUUAACCUCGUCCUGUGCGAGUUGUCCGUGGAGUAGUCAGCUGGUGUAUACCACUUUCUACAGUGUGCGACGUUCGGAGCUUUUCACUAUUAUGAUGGACUAUCCUGACUCGCAUCCGGCGGUGAUGGAUCUCAAGGCAUAUCUUAUGGAGACCCGGGCGUUGCAGGAUCUCAUUGAUACUCUGAGCAAGGAGGUGUGUGUUGACUGUCUUGCUGAAAUAAUUUGUGCACUUCGUGCCCAGGUUAGCUCCCGUCUGCUGCAACCGGGCGUGCACACCGAUGAGGUGCUACUAGCUUACGGAUGUUUGGUGCGCGGACUGCGUGAGAUCGAUCCCUCUUCAGUGGCGCAAGACAUAGUCUGCCGCCCGGUGGCUUCGUGUCUGCGUGAACGAGAUGAUGCGGUACGUUGUAUUGUUGAUCGCCUCAUCGCCCCACCCCAGCUCUCCGCCACUACCGACACCAUCACCGACGCUGAUACUAAUAUCGCAGAUGCAGCCGCAACCGAUCAAAUAACGGGUCUUCAGCGUGAACUGCUGUUGCCGACGCCGCUGGAGGUAGAACCCACAGAUGAGAUGAGGGACUGUGACGCACAUCUCGUUGCACAUGGUAAUGCAAUAGUGGCUUCAUCAGUUUUGGGCUACCAAAGUCACUCCCUUCCAUUUGGUGGACACCAAACCAUUUUGAAUUGGUCAAAACUAGCACAGGACAAGUUUGACUCAUUUUUUCCACCCCCGUAUUCUUUUUCCCUAGAUCCUGACGAGUGCUUCUCGGCCGAAGCUGUGGCGAGUGAAGAGGUGAACGAGGAGAAAUUGGUAGUGAACGAGGACUGGGACCGGUGGAUGCCCGACCCCUUGGAGGCUCUUCACCAUACCGGACCACCGUGGAAGCGACGUAUUGACCUGCUCAGCCUUCUUGUGGGCAUUUAUGGUAGCAAAAAGUCCUUCCUGGUGGAGUACCGCAACCUUCUGAGCCAGCGUCUUCUGCGACAACUUACCUUUGACACUGCCGCUCAGAUGAGACACCUGGAGCUGUUAAAACUCCGCUUUGGAGAAGCUGAUUUGCAGGAGUGUGAGGUGAUGCUGAAGGAUAUUCGUGACUCGCGUCGGGUCAGUGCCCUCAUUGCCGACGCUGUGAAAGCGGAGGGUGGAAAUGGGACAGAGGUGGCGGCGGAGGAGCAUAACUCCUCGUACUUUCCCUUGCAGGCCUACAUUCUCUCAGGCGAGUACUGGCCUGAGUUCCAUCGAGAGCAAUUCAAACUGCCCGAGAAACUCACACCGGCCUUCUCCCAGUUCACCUCUGUAUGCAAUGAUACGAUGAAGGCAGUAGUGGGGUGUGGUGAGGAGCAUAAUGAAAGCAUCGAUGUCAGUGUGGCGGAGCAGGAGGGUCCACAGGACAUGGAAACGUCGUCAGUCCGCGAAGCCGCCAGUACGGAUCCACAGGUGUUCUGGUCUUACAUUCUGGGUAUGCUGACCAAUCUGGGCGGGAUGACCAUGGAUAGGAUUCAUUCGACUCUACGGAUGUUUGCCCUCGGAUCUAACGACGGUGCGGAGUGCACGAGACAGAAUUUGCGGCAGUUUUUGGAAAGGAAAGUUAGAAAUGGUGAACUAGUGUACGAGGACAACGUGUACAAAUUGGCCUGA